AUGCAAGGAUGCAAGAGUAAGGCACCUCCAGUGGAUAAGAGGUUGACAGACACUGAAAAAGCCACUUCUUCAAUUCAGCCCUCAGAUGCCAUCACCUACCCUGAAGGUGGCACCCAAGCGUGGCUGGUUGUCCUCGGUGCAUGGUGUGGCUUGACUGCUUCCAUUGGUGUCUAUAACACAACCGGCGUCUUCAGCGUUAUCAUCUCAUCCUCUGUCCUCCCUACAACAUCAGCAUCCUCACUCGGCUGGAUCUUCUCCAUCUAUGCUUUUGUAGUGUGGAGUGUAGGUGUCUGGGUUGGCCCCUGUUUCGAUGUGUUUGGUCCUCGACUCUUGAUGCUUGCAGGAACAGGUUGUACGGUGUUGGGAAUGGUAUGUUUGAGUUUCUGUACUCAAUACUAUCAGAUCUUUCUAGCCUUUUCAAUUCUUACGGGCUUAGGAUCGAGUCUGUUGCUCACACCUUCCAUGGCUUGCGUAGCUCAUUGGUUCGACACCCGUCGCGGACUCGCCAGCGGUAUUGCCUGGACAGGAAGUGGAUUCGGCGGCGUGCUCUUUCCACUAGUCAUCCAAGCACUCCUACCAAAACUAGGCUGGAGUUGGAGCAUCAGAAUCGUAGCAUUUAUUACACUCGCUCUCUGCAUCCUUAGCGUCUGUUUCUGCCGCAGCAGACUUAGCGCUCCAAAACCCAAAGAUGGAAAGUCACCUUGGCGAGCCACACUUCCAGAUUAUCGCAUCUUUCUAGAUGGGACAGGUGCAAUGGCAGUAACGACCCUAGGAACACUGUUUACGGAUCUGGCUUACUACAUCCCGAUCACAUAUCUCCCCACCUACUACCUCACCCGUCAAAACAUUUCUCCCGACGCUGGUAUUACCGGCUCAGCAGCAUUUGGCUACCAACUCCUCGCCAUCCUAAACGCCGCAUCAUGUUUCGGCCGCCUAACUUCUGGUACUCUAGGCGACCAUUUCGGUCACUACAACACUAUGAUAGUCUCUUUAUUCUUCUGCGCGGUCUCAGUACUCGCAUUCUGGAUCCCUGAUAUCCUGGCACCAGAUCUGUCUUCUCCAGCUUUGCUUAUCGUGUUUGUUAUCCUCUUUGGUUUUGUAAGCGGUUCCAAUGUUUCGCUGACGCCUAUUUGUUUGGGACAGUUGUGUGGUAUCGGCGAUUAUGGAAGGUAUUAUGCUAGUUGUUACACGGUUGUGGCGUUUGGAGUGUUGACUAGUUUGCCUGCUGCUGGUGGUAUUUUGGAUGCUGUGGAUGCAACGGGCAAGAGAAAGUAUUGGGGCGUUGCUGUGUUCACUGGACUGAGUUAUGUUGCUGCUUUAGCAUGCUUUGUUUGGGUGCGAAUUAAAGUCAAAGGGUGGAACUGGAGAGCAAAAUGGUAG